AUGGCGGCUGCGGGCCGGGAGCCCGGGCGGGCGGAGCGCGGCGCUGAGGGAAGGAGGCGCCCGCGCCGGGCCGGGAGCAGCGGCCCGGGAACCGCAGCUCCCGCCAUUCCCUUCGCGGGGCGCGGCCCGCCGACCCGGAGCAGGAAGCAGAGGAUGGCGUCCCUUGACCCCAGGGCGGCACUGGAGAGCGAGCGGGGAAUGAUGGAGGUGAGCCGGCGCCGGCAGCGGGGAACCGGGAGCGGGCGGACGAGUGCUCGACCGCCUCAGCGGCCCCUCAGCGCCCGGCCGCGGGUGGCGGCUCCCGGCGGGGCGGGGCGGGCGGAGCUCCCGCGGGCACAGCCGGUCCCGGCCCCUCGGCUUUCGGGCGGGGGGCCCGGCGGGAGACGGGGCGAGGCCAGGCGGGCACCACGGGCUCGGUGCGGCCGGGACGGGACCGGACCCGCGCCUUGCGGUGAGGCCACGGGGCAGAGGCCGCUCCUGAGCGGAGCUGCCGCCUCCCUCCCUGCAGGGAGGGACUUGUUCUCCCCUGCCUGCCCAGCGCAGCUGCUCUCAGAUGGGAUGAGAGAAGUGUCCUGCACUGCAAAUGGCCUCCUGUUUGACAUUUAUUGCUUGCUAGUCUGGAGUCAGCUUUGGUGCAUGAGGAAGGCUGGUGUCUCUAAGAUGUUUGAGAGAAUCAAACGAUCUGAUGAAGCUUCUGCUUCUUCAGCACAAGGAAUCCAAAGACAUGGUGCUGAGGGCUCUCCACGGUGGGACAGCAGUAGCAGUUUACACAGAAGAGGACAAGAACAUCCUCGGCCUGGAGCAUCCACUGUGCAAAGUAGACAAGGAUACUGCAACUGUUGCCACGUACACUACAGUAAUCUGGAACAGCACAUUUUCAGCUCCCAGCACAGACAUUUUACAACAUACUGUAGGAAUCGUACGGGUACCAGUAGCUUGAUGGAACGUUUCCUUCAAGAUGUUUUGCAGCAUCAUCCCCACAGAUACCAUGACAGCAGACCAACCUAUGAUGACAUGCCAUUCCCCGUCACUCUGGAGCCUCCUAGGAUUUCUUGCCUGUCCUCAGAAGAGAUGCAGAAAAAGAAGAAUAGUGAGAAACAGGAGAUUUCCAGCAAGGACCAGGAGUCUGUUCGUGAAAUAGGCUCUUCUGUUCCAUGCCUGUCUCAUGAGGGAACAAAGAAAACUUCUGUUACGCAAGCAGGUUUUCAAAAACUUCAAAGAGGCCAGGAACGUGUUCCAGGGAUAUCCCAGCAGUCUGCUGGCAUUUGUAGUGAUAAGAAAUGGGUAAAUCUGAAACAUGCCCGAAUUGCAGGUCAUAGCCAUGAAGGUCAGUCUACAGCUGUGAGCCCUGUACCUCAGCAGUUUUCUCUCAGCCCUACAAGCCACAGUUCCUCUGUUAAUCCUAAAACAGGAAGAAAUGUUAGGGAUUUGGCAGCAUCAAAUCUGUUUCUGCGAACAGGAUGUGAUGAAAGAGCAGCGGAGGUCUGCAGUAGGGAUGUGUUAUUGAACCCACGCUUGAAUCCUGCUCCAGCACUGGUUCACCCAAAAUGCCCUUCAGUUUCUCAUCAGAAUCCUACACACAGCCACAGCAAUUCUUCCUUUAUUACCUCAGGUCAAUCUCUCUCAAAGCGAGAUAGUUUACGAACUCAGGAUGAAACUUUGGUGUCUGAUCUCCAUCUCAGGGAUACUGUGGGUAUCAGCAGCUCCCUAGAUCCUGGGACAUCCCCACAGCUAGCAAGAUGCAAAAACGUAAAGACAAACAGACGUGAUGAAAGUUCAGUGGAUGAAACUAUUGAAGAUGUAAUUGUGAAAUACUGCCAUGAAACUACAUCUGAAGAAAUUUGUUUCAAAAAAGAGAAUAAUCCCAGUGUACCUUUUUCAUCACUUCUGGACCAUACUAAUUUAGAGGGCUCUGAAAUGAGUUUUGACUGUGAUGCACCAAUCCAGGUAGGGACAGAUUUACCCAAGGCAGCUAUAAAAGAUAUAGAAUUCCUGAAAGAGGUCCAAGUAUGUUUGCAAGAUAAGGACUAUGGAACACAGCUCUCUUCUGUUUUAAAAACUGAGUCAUUAGAGAAAAUAGAAGCAGUGAAAAAGGACGUUGUAGUUCAUACCGAAGAACCAGUUCUUCCAGCCCUGCCUCACGUGCCUCCUUCUUUUGUGGGAAAAACUUGGUCUCAAAUAAUGUAUGAAGAUGAUAUAAAAAUUGAAGAACUUGUGCGUGAUUUCAGGGAAGGUCGUUUUCGCUGCUACUUUAACAGUGAAUCCUCAGCCAAUUGUACAGGGAAGAGAAUGAAGAAAAAAAAGCAGAAGGAUGAAAAAAGGAUCAAUAUUAUUGAGGGUAAUAGAACAGAAAGUGCACCAGUUAAAGCACUGCCAGAAUUUAAUGAUGCUUUAAGUGGUGGCUCUGAUUUUGAUAACCCCUCUUUAGCCUCAGAUACACUAUGCAACCCACAAAUUGUAAAAAUGCCUAGGAAAAGGACAUGGCGCCUGGCUUCAAGGUGUCAGGUGGUUAAAGUCAGCCAUGGCACCCAAACAAGUCUGCUGAACUACCCUGUGGCAAAAAGGAAAAUGUCUAGAAGGGAAUCUGAUCCAGCUGAUCAGAAAGCAAGCAUUGCAUGUCUGGAGAAUGAAAAAACUCCAAACAUGAAAACUAGACUAUGUGCCCUUAAACUUCCGGAGUCCUAUAGCAAGAUCAUGAGUCCUGUACAGCCCAAGACAGUGGUGUAUGUACUCUCAUGCCCAGAGGUAAAACAGUGCAAAGGUAAACCUAUAGAUAUUCCCAAAAUGAGGAAAAACCAUCACUCCACAGAUAGCAAGGACUCUGUAAGAUAUAAAUACAAACAAUGUUCUCUCAAAUAUUAUGACCCACUGACAAAUCGAAUUCUGAAAACACCUCCUAAGAGUACAGUUGGAGAAAAGGCCAAAAAGCCCUCUCAUGUUCGACAGCUUUUCAGAAGUCUCAGCUUUGAUGCAAACAUGAAGAAACCAGCUGAUACACAGAGAGAAAGCACACCAUCAAAGUCACUCAGUCGGUCAGACUUCUGUAGUUCUUCAGCAUCUUUCCUGCCAGAUCGAGAUAAAGGGAAUGAUGCAGCCUCAAGUCAAAAGGCAGAUGGACCAUCUGUUGCCACAGAAAAAAGAGAUUGUCUUGUAUCUGAGAACUCUUUUAAACACCUAAUCAUUUCACCUUUGAACUCUGUGAUAGAAGGAGAUUGUAGAUUAAUUCCAUUUAAUAGAAUUACCAAAACUCCUCUGACCUCCAUCAGGAGUGAGUGGUUAGAGAGGGAGACUCCAAAAGCAGUAUGGAGGAGAAAAGAAGGCACUAACAAAGAACCAGUUUUUUCCAGAAAGGCUGCAGGAUCUAAGUCUGUCAGAUGUAAUCUUGAGAGGAGAGGAAACAGAGUAACCACAGGCAAACAAACGUCCAGAACUAAAAAACAGCAGAAAGAGGGUAUGAGAAGACAACUUCAGCCUUGUGCCCAGAAAUCUGCUUUCUCCAUCCAGAGGUACCAGACAAGGAAAACUACAGUGGGAAAGCACCCUAAGAAAGAGAAGCCAGAUGCUAAAAAAUUAAAGGUGAGGAGGAAACCAAAAAGGGCCUUUCUGAACUCAACAGUUGUAACAGGGAUUCCUGAAAAAAGGCAGAAAGUCACAUCAGAAUCUUUUCCCAAGAAACCAGAGCAAGCUUCCUCCAAAGUCAGGAGCUGGGAAGUCAGUGGAGAUCGGGGUCAUCCUGGCACUGUGAACCGGCCCUCUAGAAGAACCUCUGCUGUACCAUUACUUCGAAACUGUCUUGUUCUACCAGGUGAGAGCUAGCUACCAAAAGAACUUCUUUUUCUUUUUUUUUUAUAGCCAGCACCUGGAAGAAGGAAGGAGGAAGAAAGAAGGCCAUAGACAAUGCAGUUGAAGUGCUAGAGAUCCAGAAAGUGCAAAGCCAGUCUAAUGUGAAAUAAAUGCAACUGUAAACUCAGCUCUUGUUCCUGGAAUAUGGGGACACAAUGUAUUGCACUGUUCUACUGUGUAAAGCUGCAGAAGUUGUGGAUUUGAUUUAAAAGUACUUAUAAUAUUUACUAGUCUUCACCUGUACAUCAGCAAAAUGACCUUGAAUGGUAUCAUAUUGUUAUUAUGGUAUUAUCAGUGCGUGACAGUGCACUAUAAUAAGGUAAUUUAGAAGCUGUGUUAAUUAAUUGUGCCUAUUUAAAUUUUUUCACAUAAUUCUAAAGUGCAGAAGAUGACUCACUUGCUAUGCUAGAAAUUUAAUGAAGAUAAUACAUCAAUCAGGGCUGAAUUCUGUGUAUGUAUUUUGUGUUUGUGUAUACGUGCACCUAAUUCAACACAUAAUAUAUACUUGCCUGUGGAAUGGCAUUAAAAUUAAUACAGUAUGAUACAAUUCAGAUCAAUUCAAUGAUUUCUUGAAAUGAAAUAUAAUUUUACACAUUUUUGUAUUGACUUCUUUGUUCCUGAAAUCAUGUCCAAAGCUUUUGGUUUUUUUUUUGACUGAAAGUCACUGUGGGCUCUCAUCAAGCAAUAAUGGACCAUGCUGGUAAGGAAAAAUGUCUCCUUAGGGGACUGUUCAGAUGGUGGUAGCUGAAGUGAAGUCUUGAAUUCUAAAAGAAGUACAGGGUUAUGUUUGAGGGCUUUUAAUUUUGUUUUGAAUAACUUGUUGAUUAAGUUUGUAGGUGAAUUUUACAUUCCUUAGUGAGGGGGAUGGAAAAGUUAUAAUGCAAACAAAUAGCAGCAAGUUGUUUCAGAAUGUCAGCCUUGAGUUUGGGGUACUGUGCUUUUCUGGCUUUAUUUGGUGUAGUGUUGGUUAAAUUUUUAUGGACUAGAGGUCAAACUUUCUAAUUUUUCAGUAAAAUAUUUAAAUAAACCUAACACAGCAUCCAUCUAAAUAUAUUAGAGUUCAAAUAUUUGGUUAAAAAACCUGGUUGACUAAAAAUUGUAUUCCACAGAGAUUCAAGUUUGGUUCCUGGUGUUCCAUUUACUAUGGUUUUAUGGAAAAAAAACCCGAAACCCAUGGUGUUUUAGCUUAGUUUUCUUUCUUUUUUUAAUAGUUGUUAUGAUGACAGUUUAUUUGGUGUGGUUAGGAAACAUAAAGCCAGUCUCACAGAUGUUUCUGUGCUUUAAAACCUAAGAUUAAUGGUUCAUUUCCAGUAAAUUAAACACGCAGUUAAACAUCAUCAUAAUCCAGGAUUUGGAUUUCAAAUCUUCAGUUUGAUGUAUUAUAUAAUCUAUUUUACCUUCAUAAAUUCUCUAGUGGUACAGUACAUUUUUCAGAACACAAGAAAAACAUGGAAAAGAGUAGACCUUGCUGUCUCUGGCAAUGAACAUAUCUGUGCAUUUUCCCCCCAGAAAACAAAACCAUUCUUGAUUCUUCAUUCACUUCUUUCUGACGUGCCAAGGGUCACAGAUUUGGGCUGAGAUAAAGGUGGACCUGGAAAUGGUUUAUUUUAAUAUACAGUAUCUGAAGGAAAUAUCAAAGCUGUCAUCAUGAACCACAUGUUCAGAGAAUAUUUUGAGGAUGUUUUUAAUGUAUAUGCAUAUUUCCUAAGAUAAAUAAAAGAUGUGCAUGUGUCAGCUGGAAAGUAAGUUCCUUUACAAGUCAAAUAUGGCCUGACAGAUUUUUUUUAUUUGUUUUGUUUUAAUUUAUUUUAUUUUUUAUAUAAGAGUUGAUUUCUUUGGACGAAUUUUCCUAUGGUUGUCAGUAGACACAGAAUCUUAUGAUUAUAUUGCAAGUCACUGGAAAAUGAAGGGCUGUAAUAUAAAUUUUUAAAGCCCUCAACUAAUUGUGCCUGUAUAAUUUAAUAUUUUGUCUAAUAUAAAACUGAUGUUUUUAAAGCAAAGUUUUAAAGGAAUGGUUUUUAUAGAAAGGCUAAUUUUUAGAUAAAAAGAAGAUUUUUAAAUAAAGUUUGUUUUAAAGCAAAGCUUUAACUAUAGGUAAUUCCCAUUCUAACAUAUUUUUAUGAUACAAGAAUGUUUUCCUAUCUAACUUCUUCCAUCUUAUUUUUCACAGUAUUUCACACGUGAAGAGCAUGAAUUAUUCUGUGUGUGAAUAAGUUUUAAUGCACAUUGUACUUUAAGAACACUAGUGUGUAUUUGUUUAGAGUCAAAAUACUGUUCUCCAUACUCAUUCAGUGUACAUUUGUCUUAUUCCAGUGCACAACUUUUCCUUGAAAUCUUGAGUAAUAAAGAUGUGUUGAGGACUAUAAAAUUACUAAUAUUUUUAGACUGUAAGGUCUUUUGUUUUUGGUAAUAGACCCUCUUAUCAGGGUGGGAUUUUUAGAAGAAAAAUGUUAUAUUUAAAUAAGAGUAUAAGUAGCUAUAUAUUUUCCUUAAAAAAAAAGAAAAAUGAAAAAAAAGUAUGUAAGAAUUUAUUAGAAGAAUAAGACUUGAGGUACAAGUCUGGAAACAUUUAUGUGGUUGACAUUGUCAAAAUAAGGUUUACUGUAGGCUUGGAUGUUAAUCUGUGCCUCACUUCCAAAUAUUCAGAAACCUCUUCUGUGCAUGCUCGAUGGCCACUAGGAAAAAGAGACUGUGAUAUGAGAAGCAAAAGCAGAAACUGCUUUGGAAUGAGAAUUAUGAGCAUUUUGCAAAACAAAAUAUUGAAAAGAUAGUUAAUAUCAUGUGCAAGAAGGAGAAAUUUCUGGGGUCUUGAGAAAUAGGCAAGCACUUUCCUGUUAGAUGAGUAAUGGAGUUUCUGCCCUUAUGGAAUAGAACAUUGUUUCAUUAGCAGCAUGACCAAUACUUCAAAACAUGGUUGUGAAGUCCACAGCAAUGGCAAACUUGAGAACUGAAAUACUUUCUCUCCAAAAUUGGUGGGUGUGUUGGUUGUUUUUGGGUCAUAUAUCUUGUUUCUAUUUUUGCUUGUGGGUUUUUUUGGCUGGGGGGGGACUGGGUUCUUUUAAUGUUAGUAGACAAAGAGGCAAAGAGGUUUUGUCAGUAUGCUUGCAUCUCUUAACAUAGAGGAGCAAGAAAAGAGCUGGAGUAGAGAGGAAUAAGCUCAUGCUUUUUGGAUUAAAUUGGCAGCAGUUAGAACCAGUACCUUCUUUAAUAGCUGAGGAAAAUGUUACCAUUUCUUCUUCAGUACAUGUGCAAUUUUGACGUGUAAGUUUGUAGUUUUUAUUAUAUGUUUCAUAAUUUUUAAAAAGUCUCUCCCCACAUAAAGUACUCAUUCAACCUUUCAAAACAGUCUUAUUCUAAGCAGAUAGAUUUUUAUUAUUCAUUAGGGUUGUUAACCAUAAGUGUGACUCUGUCAUAUUGUGCCAGGGGCUAACCAAACAUAAAAUAGCAGUCCCCCAUAACUUCAGAUAUCUGACACUUGCACCUUGCAGUUCUUCAGUUAAUUUUCUGAUUGGAUUUUUUGCUGUCUUGUUCUUUCUGACACAUUUGUAUCCAAUGUUCACACAUAAUUGUGUUAUGAAAGUACCCUUCUCUGGGACUCACAUAAAUGAGGUUAUUUCUGUUUAUUAUGAGCCUAUAGCUUCAUCUGAAAUUGUGUUUUAAGUUUCAUGCUGAAUUUGUGCCCAAAUGAGAAUGUGUUUUAUGGUUUUCAUGUUGUUGUUACUGAUAAUGUAUUUUGCAAUAAUUUUGCUUGAUGUUGUAAUUUUUUAUCUGCUUUUUUGUCUCUUUUGUCUGUGGUCAUUUGACACAAUGUGGGUGUGUAAGGAUACAGCAAUACUGCAGACUGGUUCGGUGGUGUUGCUGGAUGUUCUUUCUCUGUAUCUUCUGCUCAUUUUAUUUCAGAUUUGUUGUUUUCAUUGUUUUUCUGAGUCAUGUAUUUGGAUUUCUUUUUUAAUGUUGUAAAGAGCUAAAUUUCAGGGCAGUACAUUCUGUGUAGAAGUCAAUCAGUGACAGGUGACAGAAGAGGAGGUUGUCCCAGUCUGAAGUGCAGAGGGCAGGUUGGCACAGGUGCUCCUGUGCUUGGGAGUCUGCUUUACCUCACUAAAUGGUGUGAAACAGGAGUGGGAUGAUGAUUCUUCAUUCCUUUGUUGGUUUUCCUUUCUUCUUCCUUUGGGGUCAUUCUGCCUGAGAACAAAGUAAUCUGAACUCAUAGUGGAAAUAAGGGGUUUUCAGCUUUUGGUGUUUUGGGGACAGAUAGGAAAAGUAAAAUGUGUCUCUUUCACUAAUGUAACUAAAUUCACUGAAUUUUUGCCUUUAAUAUUUUACCUGCUGAAUUACAGCAUUCCUGAUAAUAUUUUUCAGAAAAAUUUGUAAUAGCAUAGUUCUGAGCAUGCCCAGAAGCAAAGGUUUUGUUCCUUGUUUGUUUUGCAGUUAUAAAUUCAUUCAUUCCUUCAGCAGAACAAAUCUUGUUUUA